AUGACCGCGCGAAUGGACUUCACAGACCGGGCACAGAAGGCCGUUGAGGAUGCCAUGGCCCUCGCAGAGCAGUAUGGCCACUCACAGCUCGUUCCAAUCCACCUGGCUGUUUCCUUGCUAGACCCUCCCGUCGACAAGUCCAAGGACCAACAGAAUGGUCCUGCACCCGGCGUUACCCUCUUCAGACAAGUCAUCGAGCGGGCUCGGGGCGACCCCCAAAUCUUCGACCGAGUCCUCAAGAGAGGUCUAGUCAGACUACCCAGCCAAGACCCUCCCCCAGAGCAAGUGGCUCUGGCAUCAUCAUUCCAUGCUGUCCUUCGAAAAGCCAUGGAGCUGCAGAAGGUGCAAAAGGACAGCUAUAUUGGUGUCGACCAUCUAAUCACAGCCCUCGCUGAGGACAGCGCUGUUCAAGCAGCCCUACGAGAGGCAAAUGUUCCCAAACCGAAGCUUGUUCAGGAGGCUGUCCAAACCAUCCGAGGAACUAAGCGGGUUGACAGCAAGACGGCCGAUACCGACGAGGAAAACGAGAACCUGGCCAAGUUCACCAUCGACAUGACCAAGCUGGCAAGGGACAAGAAGAUUGAUCCUGUCAUUGGCCGAGAGGAAGAGAUCCGUCGAGUCAUUCGAAUCCUCUCACGACGAACCAAGAACAACCCCGUUCUCAUCGGUGAGCCCGGUGUGGGAAAGACCACCGUUGUAGAAGGUCUGGCUCAGCGAAUCGUCAACCGCGAUGUUCCUGACAACCUCAAGCACUGCAAGCUUCUGUCCCUCGAUGUUGGUGCUCUCGUCGCUGGAAGCAAAUACCGGGGAGAGUUUGAGGAGCGUAUGAAGGCUGUUCUGAAGGAGAUCGAGGAGGCCAAGGAGAUGAUCGUUCUCUUCGUUGAUGAGAUUCAUCUUCUGAUGGGCGCUGGAUCUUCUGGUGAGGGUGGCAUGGAUGCUGCCAAUCUACUCAAACCCAUGCUUGCCCGUGGGCAGUUGCACUGUAUUGGUGCAACCACCUUGGCAGAAUACCGCAAGUACGUUGAGAAGGACGCUGCCUUUGAGCGUCGAUUCCAGCAAGUUCUUGUCAAGGAACCCACUAUCCCCGAGACCGUUUCCAUCCUUCGAGGUCUCAAGGAGCGAUACGACAGACACCACCGCGUGACCAUCCUGGAUAGUGCCCUGGUUGCUGCCGCCAACUUGGCUGCUCGUUACCUUACUUCUCGACGCCUUCCCGACUCUGCUAUUGACCUAGUCGAUGAAGCCGCCGCUGCAGUUCAGGUCGCUCGCGAGUCGCAGCCUGAAAUCAUUGACUCUCUUGAGCGAAAGCUUAGGCAGCUGAUGAUUGAAAUUGCCGCUCUGGAGAAGGAGAAGGAUGAGGCCUCACAGACCCGACUUCAGCAAGCACGAAAGGAUGCCAAGAAUGUCGAGGAGGAGCUGCAGCCUCUCCGAGAGAAGUAUCAAAACGAAAUCAAGCGCAGUGAGGAUAUUCACCAAGCAAAACUCAAGCUUGAUGACUUCUUGAAGCGUCUUGAAGAUGCCACCAACUCAGGUGAUCACGCCAAGGCUGCCGAUUUGCAGUAUGGUGCCAUUCCUGAGCAAGAGGCAGUUAUCAAGGAGCUUGAGGCCCGCAAGGCUGCGGCUGAUGCCGCCCUCAAUGCUUCCGGCGCUGAUGCCGGCAAUGCAAUGAUUACUGACAUUGUUACCGCUGAUAACAUCAACGAGAUUGUCGCUCGAUGGACCGGAAUCCCCGUCACUCGACUCCGCACCUCUGAGAAGGAGAAGCUCAUCAACAUGGAGAAGGUCCUAAGCAAGGUUGUCGUAGGCCAGAAGGAAGCAGUCCAAGCCGUUGCCAACUCGAUCCGUCUGCAACGUUCUGGUCUGGCCAAUCCAAAUCAGCCGCCUAGUUUCCUUUUCUGCGGUCCUUCUGGAACUGGUAAGACCCUACUGACCAAGGCUCUGGCCGAGUUCCUAUUCGAUGAUCCCAAGGCUAUGAUUCGGUUCGAUAUGUCCGAAUAUCAAGAGCGACACUCUCUGAGCAGGAUGAUUGGUGCCCCCCCCGGGUACGUUGGUCACGAUGCCGGUGGUCAACUGACUGAGGCCCUCCGUCGCAGGCCUUUCUCUAUUCUUCUGUUCGACGAAGUCGAGAAGGCUGCCAAGGAGAUUCUUACCGUCAUGCUCCAACUUAUGGACGAUGGCCGCAUUACCGAUGGCCAAGGCAGAGUCGUCGACGCCAAGAACUGUAUUGUCGUAAUGACCUCUAAUUUGGGUGCCGAGUAUCUUACUCGAACUUCAACCUCCGAGGGAGGUCGCAUCGACCCAAGCACUCGGGAACAGGUUAUGAAUGCUCUCCGCAACUAUUUCCUUCCGGAGUUCCUCAACCGUAUCAACUCAGUUGUCAUCUUCAACCGGCUCACCCGAAAAGAGAUUCGCAAAAUUGUCGACAUCCGUAUUAACGAAAUUCAGAAACGAUUGGAAGACAAUGGACGCAAAGUUCGGAUCGAAGUCUCUGAUGAGGCCAAAGACUACCUCGGUGCCUCUGGUUACUCUCCGGCAUACGGUGCCCGUCCUCUCCAGCGUCUCAUCGAGCAGGAAAUCCUCAACAAACUUGCCAUUCUUAUCCUCCGAAACAAUAUUCGCGAUGGCGAGGUCGCUCACAUUGAGCUCGAUGAUAACAGAAUUGUUGUUAUUCCCAACCACUCCGAUAGCGACAACGGUGAAGACGCCGAUAUGUUCGACGACGAAGAUGAUGCCGCUGAGGAGAUUGCUGGUGACGACAUGGAUGAGGACUUCUACACUUAA